AAGCAGAAGAGUGUGUCAAGGCCCUUCACUAUUCCUUCUUCGAGAGCGGCGAAGUGGCACUCACCAACGCUUAGGCUGACUCUAACUGGGGCCCUUUAACCAACUUAUUACUACUAUAGUUGUUAUUAGCAAAACAAAAAUGGUGGAGAGAUUUUUCUUGAGAGGCAACACGAAAUUUGAGUUUGGGGAUGAGAGCGAAGCUAUCAGCAUUCUCUCUGGGCCGCCUUGCUCCGGCAAAACCUCAUUGCUUUUCCAGUUCGCAUUCAACUCCGCAGCAGAGGGAAAUGCCGUAGUGAUCUUGUGCCACCGCCGCACCCUGGAAACCACCCCACCUUUUCUCUCUCAGGAUGUUGAUCCAUCUUCCGAGAUUUUCCGCAGAAUUGAAAUCAAGUAUGUGGAAGAUGAUGAAGGGAUCAAGCGCUACUUUGCUGCUUUUCAUUUGCAUCCUACAUUUCCGACCUCAGUUAUUGUAGACAAUUUCGGGCAUUUCUUCGUUGAGAGGAAUUGCCAAGAGAAAUACAACAACCCUAGAGGAAGAGAGCUGGCAAUGAUCCGAGUGCUAGCACUCUGUCGAAAUGCAAUCAGCCAUGCCAAUAAGAGCAGUCGUUGUGAGAUUGUGUUGUCGGACACUCACAAAGGUGACACCCCGAGGCUGCUCUACAUUUACAAGAGAUGGGUGUCUUGCAUCUACACUAUCAAAGAAGGGGUUGGGGCGGGGUCAUUUGUUAUGAAGAAAAGCUAUUCAACUACGCCGAAUGCAAAGCCAACAUCUUCAGCUAAGUACUCGAUAUCGCUCCAAUAUUUGGUUCUAGAGGGACUCGUUCAGGAGACUGAUCAUCACACUAGAACAAUUUCCUAAGUUGCAUCAUAAUACAUGAAUUUAACUCAUGGAAUUUUAGUUGAUAUGGCAUUAUGUUUACAAUCUUGUAAGUUAAUGCAUCAGUGUCCCCAAAUAUGAAAAUAUAUGGGGUUAACUUCAGGAUCCACCAGUAUCUAUGAUAGGGAUGCAUUUGCUUGAAGCUGAUGAAAUACUUUAAAUUUAUCUUCUUUUAUAUGUAUAUAAGCUACUGCUUCUCUGUAAUUACUUGAUUCUAAACUCUUGGUGA